UUAGUGUUAACGCAAUCCGCGAGCGAGUGGAUCAGGGCCUUCGUAUAAAGCCGGAUCCGAGCGUGAGCUUCAUUCGAUGACAGACGACGAAGACCCAGUGAGUGAGUGAGUGAGUCGAGCUGGUGAGUAAAAUCAGCAGCUCCAGUGUACGAAAGAAGCCGGACCCUUUUUCUUCUCUUCACCCUGCAUCCCUUCGGCAUCGAAUGUCCGGGACCCGUCGGCCAGAGACAUGAAGGGCUCUGGAGGGAGUGAGGGAGCGAGUGUGGUGGUGGUGGUGGUGGUGGUGGAGAGAAGGUGAGAGGUACAGACAUCGUUGCUGCUUCGCCUGAGCCAGGAAAGAGACAGAGCGAACGUUUCACUGUUGGUCCCCAUUCCAGGAUGUCGGGACCGUGUCGUCUUUCUCGCUGCGGCCAAGCGAGCCACGCCUUCUGCUGCUGCUGCUGCUGCUGCUAUUCCAAACUUGGCCGCUGAGCUAUAAAACCCGUGACGGCCACCAGUUGCCGUAGCUCGUGAACACCCCUUCCUUCGGGAGAGAGAGAGAGAGAGAGGAAGAGACGGAGACAUUGCGCCGAUGCAGCUGCAGCUCGGCUGGGCUCGGCUGGACCGUCAUGCAGGCUCCCGAGGCGUUGGGGUGUUCAGAGCUCCGGGGCGCCCCGCAUGCGUGCGCACAAAAACAACAGCACCACUACCAUUACGACUACGACUACCAUAACCACCACCGCUCCUCGUCCUCCUCGUCCGACAUUGCGCUGCUGGUGGGAUUCGUGGGCCGCAACGAGAAGUUGUGUCGAAAUUGUGCUCUACCGCUGAUGGAUCUUGUCGGUGGGUAUGGAGGCCGCGGGUGUACUUGCAGCAUUCGGUGAUUCGGCUGCAGCGCGGGUGGAAGUUUGAUCGCUGGGUGGUUGGUCGGUUAGACGAGGCCGCGGCGGCGGCGAGCAGCGGGGUACGAUCUUUGGGGUUGCGAUUGGAAGCGGAGCGAGGCGAAGGGACGGGAAAGGGAGGGAAAGGAAGAGAUUUAUAUUCGAGCGUCGGCGCCAUGGAUUCGCCGAGCGGCGGCCUGCGAGAGAGGCUCCUCGUCGACGACGACGACGACGGGGCGCACGAGAAUGGAAGCAAAAUGAAGCGUGGAGCCGCCGCCGGACCCGAGGGCGUGGAGUAUCUAACGGUGGACGAGAUGCUGGUCAAAUACGUCGGCGAGUUCGGGCGCGCUCAGUUCUGGCACUUCGUUCUCGUCAGCUUGGCGUGGACUGUCGAGGCGCUGCACACCAUGUCGAUGAUUUUCGGAGAUCGCGUUCCUGCCUGGCGCUGCGUCGACCAGGGCAGCAGCGACGGAGGAGGAGGAGGAGGAUCUUGCACCCCUUCUUCCUCGCUCUGCGAUUUGGCUCCCGGGAGCUGGGAAUGGGUCGACGGCAAAAGCGCCUCGACGGUGUCUCAAUUCAACCUCAUCUGCGGAGAGGAAUACAAAGUUGGCUUGGCUGGAUCCUUGUUCUUCAUCGGAGCCCUUUUCGGGGCGGGGACGUACGGGAGUCUGUCGGACUCGCUGCUGGGGCGCAAGGGGACGCUGGCGAUGUGCUGCAUGCUGACGGUGGCGCUGGGCAUGCUGACGUCACUGGUGCCCAACUACUGGCUCUACGCCGCGGCCCGAUUCGUGACGGGCCUGAACUCGAGCGGCAUCGGGCUCUGCUGCUUCGUGCUGGGCACGGAGAUCGUGGGGCCGAACAAGCGCGGGACGGUGGGCAUGUCGGCCUUCUACUUCUUCUCGCUCGGGAUCAUGAUCCUCCCGCUCUUCGACAUGUUCACCUCGUCGUGGCGCGAGCUCUACUUCACCACCUCCAUCCCGGGCGCGCUUUACUGCGUCGUCGUGCUCCCCUUCGUCUGGGAGUCCCCUCGUUGGUACCUCGUCAAGGGUCGAACUGCGGACGCCAUGACCGUUCUCCGAGCCUUCGCCCGGCGCAACGGCAACGCGGUUCCCGAGAACGUCUACCUCGUCGCCCACUCGCUCGACGGGGCCGCCGACGGCGACGAGGAGGCGCGCGCCGGUCUGGACCCCGCGUCGCCGCUCUCCGUCUCCACGCGCCCCGGCGGCAAGGAGUACCGGGCCGGGGACUCGUGCGCCGUGGUCGUCAGCCCUCGGAUCGCCAUGCGCACCGACUCCGGAGCGUCGAUCCUGGCCGGGGGCGCCUUCCCGGACGAGAAACGCAUCGGCGAGAGCCCAUCGGAGUUCGGCGGCACGCUGCUCGACAUCUUCCGGUACGGCGAGACGCGGUGGCGGAUGGUGCUCAUGGUGUGCAUCUGGUUCUUCAUCGGCGUCUGCUACUACGGCAUCAGCCUCAACGUGGUGAACCUCGGGUUCAACCUGCACGUCAGCGUGUUCCUGAACGGGCUCGUGGAGCUGCCCGUGUACACGCUGACCGCCCUUCUGCUGGGCAGGCUGGGCAGGAAGUUCAUGCUGGUCGCGGCCCUGUCGGCCGCUGGACUGUGCUGCCUGGCGGGGAGCUUCGCCUUCGGGAAUGUGCCCGGCAACGGGAGCUCGGCCGAUACCAACAGCCUGGACUUGGGGAGGGUGUUCUCUGGCGACGGCGACGGCAGCGACUACUCGGCCCUGCUGAGGCUGUUUUGCGGCAUCGUCGGCAUCUUCGGCACCGCGGGCGCCUACAACCUGGUGUACAUUUACACCAUGGAGCUGUUCCCUACCGUGGUGCGGAAUGCUGCCCUCGGGCUCGCCACGCAAGCGGGCAGCAUCGGAUCCGUGGUGGCGCCCGUCGUCGCGGUGAUCGGCAGAUCGAGUCCGUCGCUUCCGUUCGUGGUGUUCGGGUUCUUGUCUAUCGUCGGCGCAUUGUUGGCCACCCGGCUGCCCGAGACCAAGGACCAGGGUCUGCAUGAAACCAUGGAGGGAAUGGAGAGAACGGAGAGUGUAAAAAUCGCAGCAGCUGCUGCAGCAGCUGCUUCAACAGGCAAUGGCAAUGGCAGUGCCGUUCAGUCGUCAUGACUAGGCCGAGCAUGGAUAUAGGUUUCGAUGUAGAGAGCAGCCAACUUAGAUCCUCGUUAGAUGGAGUUAGAAUUGUAUUUUUCAUGUCCACGAAUUGGCAGAAUUUUUCGAUGGACAAUCCUUAGACUUGCUGCUGCUCGCGAGGCUGGAAUCUGCUUCUCAUGCAGAGAGGCCAAGAAUUGCCGCGAGGAUUACUUGAUGAUAGUUUCGGCCCUAAGGCUUCAAUGUGUACUUUCUAGGCCUCAGACUUCUCCCUUAGGUAGGUAGAUAGGACUGGAGUGUGAGUGCGAGGUAGUUGCAGCUUGUAAAAUUUAGACUACUUGCCUGUCUAUUCUACAGCCAUGAAAUUUUUUCUGAUAGUCUUGUUUAAAAUAUG